AUGGCGGCGUCCCUGGGACGAUUUGGAUAUGUUUCUCGUUGUGUUUUUUAUUUCAUUUUGACGGUCGAACUGUUCAGCGGUUACGGAUUCAGCUCGGACUUGCCGUGUGCCCAGAACUGUACCUGCACCGGAGAUUCAGUGGACUGUAGCAACCUGGAGCUGACAGCUACGCCUCUGGACCUUCCAGCCCGGACUGUUUCCUUAAAUCUUGGCCACAACAAGCUGACCACCAUCAGUGUUGAAGCCUUUGCCAACCUUCCCAACUUGAGAGAGCUGCGGCUGGACCACAAUGAACUGACCUCCAUACCAGAUUUAGGACAGGCUGCUUCCAAGAUUGUAUCGCUCUACCUACAUCACAAUAAGAUCCGUAGUAUUGAUGGCAGGCGGACCGGAGAGCUGGUGUCUGUAGAGACUUUGGACCUGAGCAAUAAUGACAUCACCGAGCUACGAGGGCACUGCUUUCCUGCUGGCAUCCGAAUCCGAGACCUGUAUUUGAGCAACAACAAGAUCAGCAUGUUAGAGCUCGGAGCUCUAGACCAUCUGGGCUCGACACUACAGGUCCUGAGACUGAGCCGAAACCGCAUCAGCCAGAUCCCCGUGAGAGCCUUCCAGCUCCCGAGGCUCACUCAGCUUGAGCUGAACAGAAACCGUAUUCGUCAGGUGGAGGGUCUGACCUUCCAGGGUCUGUCCAGCCUGGAGGUGCUCAAACUGCAAAGAAACAGCAUCAGCAAACUAACUGAUGGGGCCUUCUGGGACCUGGCAAAGAUGAAAGUCCUUCACCUGGACUACAACAGUCUGACAGAGGUGAACAGUGGCUCCUUGUACGGCCUGACUUCCCUUCAGCAGCUAUUCCUCAGUAACAACUCUAUAGCCCGCAUCAAUCCUGAUGGAUGGAAGUUCUGCCAGAAGCUGAGAGAACUCAAUCUGUCGUACAACAACUUGACUCGUCUGGAUGAAGGCAGCCUGGCUGUGCUGGGGGAUCUCCACACCCUCCGUCUGGGCCACAACUCCAUCAGCCACAUCACUGAAGGAGCUUUCAGAGGCCUCAAAGCUGUACGCGUCCUGGAGCUGGACCAUAACGACAUCUCAGGCACAAUAGAGGAUACCAAUGGGGCCUUCUCAGGAUUGGAUAGCCUCAACAAGCUGACUCUGUUUGGAAACAAGAUCAAGUCGGUGGCCAAGAAAGCCUUCUCUGGCCUGGAGACCCUGGAACACCUUAACUUGGGAGAGAAUGCUAUUCGUUCCAUUCAGCCCGAUGCCUUCAGUAAGAUGAAGAACCUCAAAUCCCUUCUCAUUCAGAGCGACAGCUUCCUUUGUGACUGCCAGCUCCACUGGAUGCCUGACUGGUUGGUGACACGUGGUUUGCAGGCCAGUGUCAAUGCCACCUGCGCCCACCCAGAGAGCCUUAAGGGCACCAGCAUUUUCCAGGCCCCGUCCAGCAGCUUUGUGUGUGACGACCUCCCAAAACCCCAGAUCACAGUACAACCAGAAACAACAGUGACGGUCCUUGGUAGCGACGUGCGUCUCACCUGUACAGCCGCGAGCAGCAGCUCCUCCCCCAUGACCUUUGCAUGGCGUAAGGACCAGGAACUGCUUCGACAUGCUGAGACAGAGAACUACGCCCACAUGCGAGCUCACCACCAAAGCGCAACAUCCGUUGCGCCUGGUGCAGGUGGAGGCGUGAUGGAGUACACAACCAUCCUGCACCUGAGGCAUGUCACCUUCGCACAUGAGGGCCGUUACCAGUGCAUCAUCACCAACCACUUUGGCUCCACGUACUCCAGCAAGGCCCGCCUGAUCGUCAAUGUUCUUCCAUCCUUCGUGAAGACUCCCAAGGACAGCACCAUCAGGACGGGCCACACAGCCAGGCUGGAAUGUGCCGCUGAGGGUCACCCGGCACCUCAGAUCGCCUGGCAGAAGGACGGCGGCACAGAUUUCCCCGCCGCCCGUGAGCGUCGAAUGCACGUCAUGCCUGACGACGAUGUGUUCUUCAUUAUGGAUGUAAAGCCGGAAGACAUGGGCGUGUACAGCUGCACUGCUAAAAACACAGCGGGCACAAUUUCUGCCAACGCCACCCUCACCGUGCUGGAAACUCCACACCUAGCCCAGGACCUGGAGGAUCGCAGCGUGGUGGUAGGGGACACGGUGGCCCUGCAAUGUAAGGCCCUGGGCAGUCCACCGCCCCGCAUUACCUGGCUACGCAACGACCAGCCCCUGCGCCCCUCCGACAGACACCACUUCACCCCGGGGAACCAGCUGCUGGUCAUCGGAUCCGCCGCGCUGGAGGACGCUGGCCGCUACACCUGCCUCAUGUCCAACACGCUGGGCACGGAGCGCGCUCACAGCCAGCUGGUGGUGAGGCAGAGCAGAAGCCCCUGCCCCUCGCCGUCGGGCCCCAGCACGGUCACUGUAGGGAUCAUCGUCAUCGCCGUGGUGACGAGUAUUGUGGUGACGUCGCUGGUGUGGGUGUGCAUCAUCUACCAGACCAGGAAGAAGAGUGAGGAGUGCAGUGUCACCAACACAGAUGAGACGAUAGUUCCUCCGGAUGUGCCCAGUUACCUCUCCUCCCAGGGCACUCUGUCCGAGCGGCAGGAUGUGUGUAUCCGCGUGGAGGCCGGCGGUGGACCUCAGCCCAACGGACACAUCGUAGACACCGCAGGUUUCGACGGCGCAGUAGUGUGUACGGAUUGUAUGGAGAACAGCAACAGCUACUCCAAAGAUCCCGACUAUCUGACGCACAGCUGUUGCCCUGCUGGAGGCAUGGAGUACCAACAGCACUCUGUUCCCCCACCUCACCCUCACUUUCACCCAGUGGAGCAUCAUGAACCAGGGUCGUACACAGCUCCGCUCUGCAACGGGACACCCAACGGGAUCCGGAAGGACAUUCAUGGAUCCACCUUCCCGAAAAACCACAAUACGUUACAAGUGAACCAACAUGAUAGAAAAGCGAGCAGAGGCGGACAGACGCCGGCGUGCUCUCCAUCACAGGAAGAGUCCUUCCACAAGCCGGUGAAGCUGGCCGGCGUGCCGAGCCACGGGCUCUCUGACACGGACUGUGAGCCUGAGCUCAGGCAGACUCUGCUGUCCAACGGACACACCCUCAGAGCCUCUCAGAAUGAGAGCGCCCCCCUAAGGAGAGCCAGCGACUAGCAGGCGCUGCGUCCAGCCCAAAACGUGGACUUGUAGUAGAUGGGUGAACUUUUUUUUUUUUUUGCACUGGGAAAUAAACUGCUACCUCAUAUCGAGGCGAUUGAUCCUGAGCCUCCUGGAUGUGGACUGACAGGCAGCGCUAGGAGGGGAAAAACACAGAGGGCAUCCGGAGUUUGAAGGCGGAGCUUGUGUGGGUGGCGUCCCAUCUGAGCGUAUCAGCUGUACAUAGUUAAAACCUUCCCUUGGGAGGUGACCAUAAAAAUUCUAGCUCCAAAAAAAUGUGACUUGCAUUUGAAGCAUGUAAAUGUAGGGAAUCUUGUACAGUGUAUGUAUGUGCAGGGGCAAAAAAGAGAAAUAUACCUUUGGACAUUUGACUGUACAUAAGAGUUUUCUUAUAUUAUAUAUUAUAUAACUUUUACAAAAGAGUAUUUGAAUUUAUGUGCAUGACAAAGAAAGGAGUGAUGGUAUUUUUAUUUUUCUUCAGAAAAACAGCCUUUUCAGCUUUUACCAACAUUCAGCUGCGGUGCCUUAUUGCAUGAUCAAAGAAAACUCAACUUGUAAUAACAUUUAUCAACAGACUUUUUGUGAGAGAUACUGGUACUCUCUUUAUAGCAAACAAAACAAAACACUUGAUUGCACUUGAAUGUUUUUUUCUUUUGACAAAUGCUGCCAACCAUGGCCUUACAGAAACAAAAUUCACACUUGUUAUUGUAUGAAGGAAGAGCUUUGAUGUCAAUUAUUUAGGUACAUCAGAUGUUUCAAGGUGGGAUAUUUGUUGGCGGUCAGUUAAAGCACUUUUUACACUCACUUCAUAAACACGCAGAUUGAGUACACGAUAUCUGCCAAUAGGAAUGCAGGAAUCUCCUCCGUGUGAGGAGACAUUCCACAUAUUUCCACACAAGUCGACAGUACGUACUGUAGCGUUAAGGCUCUUCCACCUGUUUCACAAUACUACAUGUUACUGCAAAGCUGCUCUGAGCUAGUUUGGUAGAAAAGAUUCUUCUCGUACUCAAGUUAGGUCCGUUAUUUGUCCAGGAGAGUGACUUUGGCACAAGUUUGCAACCCAAUGUGGACGAACAUCAGCUACCAGCUGUAAUUUGGAGCUGGAGUUGUAUCUUUCCAAAGCUGUAAAUGCUGGUAAUGUUCUCUCAGUAUGGACACAGGGACACCUGUCAUGAAAUCUACAGUUAUGUGUGCUCAAGCACCAACAUGUAAUUGGCCGAAUGCUAAAUUAAACAAUUCUUAUGCUUUGAAUUUAAUAAUAAUAAUUAAAAAAAAAAAAAAAAAAAAAAAGGAUGGAGAAUCAGGGAGAACGAUGUUGUAUUGUGUCAUUAUGUUACUGCUGUAAUGUGCCUCAAGAUCCACCGCUGUGCAUUCAGAAGCGAACGGCCAGUAUUCCACCUCUGUCACACCACCACGUGGUAACAGUAACUUUCUCAGCAUCACUACAGCCGAAUAACGUCUCAGGCUCCAGGUACCUGUAAAAGGUGCGGCUUGAUGCUGUGAACGGUGGGAAAGCUUGGGAAAUGUGCUCUAACCAAACUUGGAGGAAGGAUGAAGUCAGAUGCCCCCCCCCCCAACUGUCACAGUCCCUGCGUACUCUGGGUCUGUGAUUAGUCAAGGUAGUUACAUUGUCGAAUUUGUUUUCCCAGUGUGCCCUCGUCUGAACUGUGUUCUGAUACCGGUGGUCCUUAUCAAGGUAAGCUGGAAGGCACGCUCCUCGGGUGCUAUCAGGUGUAACCAAUCAGAGAUGAUUUUUACGAGCAAGACCAAUCAGAGAACCCUGGUGGAAAACCAAUCCCAGUGUAGCAGGUAAAAGGGACGGGAGGGAGUGCGGUGCAGUUCAUGUUCUGAGUAAUUUAUUGAAACAAACUGUCCGAAACCAUUGUACCAAUGUCAAAGCUAAAACAGUGAAGUGUCUAACAUGGCAUUGAAGUGUCUAAUAAAGUCACAUUUUGCUAUUAAGACAAGUGUUUCCCUGUGUUUCUGCCCUGUGUGGACACAUGAAAGGAUGUUUUUGUGACAACAGCAUCACAGACAGCUGAG